AUGGUGCGAAGGAUGUAUCGCUUCCCCAUUUUUUUAGCGAGAAGGUACAUGAGUGAUAGUAAAAUUUUUGACAAGUUAAAACAAGCAAAUGAGCUGCUUCUUAAUAAAGACGAACGCGAAAAGAGCACAAAUGAGAAGGAAGAAGAAAAAAUCGAAAUAAUAAACAUUGACGACAGAGUUUUUGAUAACACAAAUGUUUUUAAAAAAGAUAUAGAACAAGAACAUGAGGAAAAUGCUACAAAGAGGGAAGAAGAAUUUUAUGAAAACAUUAAAUCUUUCAAAAACUUAGAUAUACAAAGCUUCAUUCAAGAAACGAUAGAUUAUUAUAGUUCAAAGCAGCUAAAGGAAAGUCAUAUGGCUACUAAGGAGAAGAAACAAAAUGAUUUCAAUGAAAAAGAAGCAAAUACAUUAAAUAAAUUUACUUUUGAUGAUACAGAUAAAGAUAACGAAAUAUCGUAUGAGAGUAACAGUGUUGGAAGUGGAAAAUUUUAUACUAACAGUAAAAAGGACACGUGUGACAAUUUAAAAGAUAGAACAAAUUUAAUUAUGGACGAGUUUAAAUAUAAAACAAAAGAAAAUUAUGAACAAGUAAUAAUAGAGGGUGAUACUAAUAGCAUAUAUGAAGGUUUAACCCCAGCACAGAGAUUUUAUGAAGAGAAUAAGGAAAAGCUAUUAUAUGAGACUAUGAAAUAUUAUAACAAAAGGAAAGAAAAGUUAAGUAAUAGGAAUGACGAUGGAGCUGACAGGGAUUAUUACUAUAUCCAUGAAUCUGAACCUGUUGUUAGACCGCAUGAAAAUUAUUUAUUUGACUACGAAAAUGAGGAAAAUGAUAACACAGAUGAAGAAGGAUUAGAAUUAGAAAAAGGAAUAAUGCCUACCAUUGAACAAGUAGUAUGUAUAUUAAAACAUGAAAAGGUUAAAAACAUUAAAGUAAUAGAUUUAAAUAAAUGUGGAAGAAGAGAUAUUGGAAUGUUCAUAAUUUUAUGUACAGGUCAGACACCUAAACAUAAUAAAAGAGUAGGGAAAUUAAUUAGCAAAAUUUUUAUAGAUUUAGAAAUUCCAUAUAUUUCAAAUGUGGUCUAUUGUUAUUGUAACAAAUUUGAUGACUGGAUCAUUACGCACUGUGGUCCACUAAAAAUUCAUAUAGUUACAAAAGAAUUAAGGGAUUAUUAUGAUAUUGAAAAUUUGUUUUUAUAUCCCCAUGAGCAUUUUGACAGUAAGAAUUUCCCUUCCUUCUUCGAUUACACCCCGGGCGUACCUCCACCUUACAUCGUCAGGAGCAACUCCUCCCUUGACGCCUACCAUAAUGACGACUUGUACAAAAAAUUUAUCUCGGACAGGUAA